GCAAGAAUUAGGGGUCGAGAAAGGUAGCCCGCCACAAGCAGGAAACACGACAAUUACUUUUAAAAUAUUGUUUUUCAUUUGCAUGUCAGCUGCUUUGCACAGACUGCUUUAGAACAUGGCGCUCUACUGCACUCGCUGUCUCCGCGUAUAAAAUCGCAGCCGUGUGGGUCUCCCCAAGGGAGGGGUUCCGCGGUGCUGCCGCUCCUGAAUGGAGUAGAGCUGCGUGCCGUCCGCGAUGGCUAUGGGCGUGCAGUCGAAGAGGGGGUGCUCCAGGAGCGUCGCCGUUGAAAGGAGAAACCUAAUCACCGUUUGCAGGUUUUCAGUGAAAACACUGUUGGAGAAGUACACAGCCGAGCCCAUAGAUGAUUCAUCGGAGGAGUUCAUCAAUUUCGCCGCUAUCCUCGAGCACAUCCUUAGCCAUCGCUUCAAAGGCUCAGGCAGCUGGUUUGAUGGUCAGCGCAGCUUCUGGGACUUCAUACGUCUGGCGUGCAGCAAGGUGCAGAACAACUGUGUGGGAAGCAUAGAGAACAUGGAGAACAUCAGCACGUCCAGGGCAAAGGGUAGAGCAUGGAUACGGGUGGCACUGAUGGAGAAGCGACUGUCGGAAUACGUUGCCACAGCGUUGAGAGACAGCCGCACCACCAGGAGGUUCUAUGAGGAAGGGGCUAUCAUGUUACGAGAGGAGGCCACUGUGCUGACCGGUAUGCUGAUUGGACUUGGAGCGAUUGACUUCAGUUUCUGUCUGAAGGGAGAAGCUCUGGAUGGUAAAGCUGAAGCUGUGAUUGACUACACUCCGUAUCUGAAGUUCACCCAGAGCUAUGACUACCUGAGUGACGAUGAUGACUGCUGCAGUGUGGAUAGCAGCAACAGUGAUGACAGCGUUCCAGAACAUCCCUACCUCCCACUAGUAACAGACGAGGAGAGCUGGAGCAGCAAAUGUCGCAAGAUGGAACAGAGGUUCAAGAUUGUCAACGCCCAGAAGGGGUAUCUGGAGGAGCUGGUGAGGCUCAGGGAGUCCCAGCUGAAGAACUUGGAGACUGAGAAUAAGAGACUGAAUGCUAGACUGGAGGAGCUCCAGCUAGAGAGUCAACAGGAGAAAAGAGAACUGGAGGGCAUUAUCCUCGAACUACAGGAACAACUGACAAGUCUGAUUCCUGGUGAGCCCCACCCCCUGUCUAAGGAUAUGUCAAUCCCCCUUGUUAACCAGUGGCCAUCACUUCAUACUUACAACAACCAGGAGGAGAGGAAACACUACCGCAGCAGAAGUUUACUGAGCCCUGAGCCUCUCUCGGCACACGUUGGCUUGGACUCCAAUUCCCAGAAAGCCGAGAGGAAGAAGAGUAAUUGCCAGCCUUGGUGCGCAGCAGGUAAAGACUACACUCCCUCCAUGUUGGGUCUCUGUGGCUCACUGGCCUCUUUGCCCAGCUGUAAAUCUUUACCCAGCCUGAGAUCCACAGAGUGCCUGGUAAACAUUAGUGCAGAGCCGAGUCCUGCUCUCACUCCCAGCUAGGGGGCGCCAAAAACCCCAUCUCACUCACGCUCACAUGCACGCACAUGCAGAAAUGUGUUUUAUCAGCAGAUACAUCCAAAGACUCCAUGACUAAGCACCAUCUAGCAGUAAUGUUCCCUGUCUCAGUCUGCUAAACAGAAGUGUCCUCUUUCACCAUCUGUGAUGUGUGUUUGGAGAGAGGGCUACAUGCCGAAGAGUGGCUAAAGCUUUCUUUAUUUCUGGACAAGUGAACGUUUUUGUGUCCAGCACCGUGGUGAUGCUGGCAGUGUGUCUCAGUCCCUGCGUGUCUCUGAAUGUCUUUGCUGUUUGGUAGCCCUAUGUGGUACUCAUGAUGGACAUGGAUUGUAGACUAUGACCCUGUCUGUGGACUAUGCACUCAGCGACUCAACUCCCCUGGAGAGCUUCAUGCUUCUCUUCACCUUGGGACCUACUUUCCUUUAAGAAUUGAAAAUGCAGUCAUACAGACAUAUGCAUUUACAUAAAGUUCAUACACAUACAAAACACGGUACAGUGUACAUGCAUGACAGGAACAGACACAGACACACACACACACACUCUUACAUAAUAGUCAGUGUCUGUAUUCCUAAGCAACUCAUUUCACACCCCCUGUGAUGGAGUGGUUCACAAUCCAGCAGUCUCACAACCUCAGCGCAACUCUUCUCUAAACUGCAUGCAUGCUUGGCCUCGGAGCUUGUGUAGUGCUGGGGGACCCCCCACCCUGUGUGGCCUGUCCUCUCGUAGGGCUUUACUGUCCAUUUGAGAGUGGUAAUAUAAAUAGGAAGACGUGACUUUAAAUCUGUCCCCACAUACACGGUUGAAGAUGCUGGAUAUGAGAGAAUUCAACUGCCAAAAGAUGCACAGAGCAGUGGCCUGUGUUGUAAUGUCACAGAGGUGCCAAAUGGCCUCAUAAAAAAAUGAAAUCUGUCUAUCUAUCUAUCUAUCUAUCUAUCUAUCUAUCUAUCUAUCUAUCUAUCUAUCUAU